AUGGCAAAUUUAUUAGAAUUAGUAACAGCUGAACAAUUGGAAGUCUAUGAACUUACAGGAUUAAAAGGAGAAGGUCUAGGACUAAGCUUUUCAAGUGAGGGGAAUUGUAUAGCUAUAUGUGGAAAUGAUCCAAAUAUUUUAUUGUUUGAUGAUUAUGUAGAUUUUAAAAAAAGAGGUUUUCCUUUAGUUGGACAUAAAAAUGCAGUUUUAGAAGUCUGUUGGAAUAAACAGUCCAAUGGUACCUUAGUAUCAUGCUCAGCAGAUAGAACUGUUGGAUUAUGGGACGUAGAAUUUCUUAAAUGUUUGACUAGAUUUAAGGGGCACUCUGAUAUAGUAAAUUCAUGUAAAAUAGAAGAUUCUAUUAUAGUAUCUGGCUCAGAUGAUGGAACAGUUAGAGUAUGGGAUAUUAGAGUUUCUACUAAAGAAUCUUGUAUUUAUGAACAUAAAUGGAAUUACCAAAUAACUGCAGUAACUCUUGAUUGUAAUAUGAGUAAUAUAUAUUGUGGAGGAAUAGAGAAUAUCAUUUUUUGUAUUGAUUUACGUGGUAAUAAUAUAGCAAAAAUAACAGGGCACAAUGAUACAAUAACGGGGUUAGAUAUUAGAACUGAAGCUGAUCAACUAGUAUCUAAUAGUAUGGAUGGUUCUAUUAUAAUUUGGGAUGUAAGACCAUACUCAUUAGUAGAAGAUAGGAAAUUGAGUACUCUUGUUGGAAGUCAACAUAACUUUGAAAAGAAUCUUCAUAGAGUUCGUUGGAACAGUGAUGGUGAUUUAAUUGCUGCUGCAUCAUCUGAUUGCUAUGUAUAUAUAUGGUCUGUUAAAUACCAGAAGUUGUUUCAAAAGUUACCAGGACAUACAGGAGCCACGACAGAUAUCUCGUUUCAUCCAAAACUACCUAUAAUUGCAUCUAUUGGUAUGGAUAGACGUGCUUUAAUUGGGAAGUAUACCAAUUAA